GAAGCUUCUUGGAUGCAUGACCACCAGGCUAGGAGCACAUGCCGGAAUGUUAGAUAUGUUCAGUCAACUAGGUUGGAGUGGGUAGACGCCAGCCAUCGCUGCGUGAGGGCCUGGGUAUCUUCCUCAGGAGGGAUCCAUGGUAGAGAGAGUUGCUCUUGGAUUCAUCUUGCUGAGGGUCCUCCUCAGGAGUUCAUUCUUCCCACGGCCUUUUCUAAAGGCACCGAAGAGAGCAUUGGUCAGGCCAGAGGAACGCUGGCUUCCUCACUCCCUCUACUAGGGUCUUGGUACUUGGAGAGACUUUCACAGGGACAAGAGGAAGCAAGAAGUGUCUGCUCCUUGGAGCCCGUGUGGCCCUGAAAGCAAAGGCGCUUAUCCUCAGCUGAGAAGGAACAAUAACAUCAUCUGUGGGAAAGAGAACCAGCUUCCUUGUGGUGACUACACAGCAGGUUGUUGUAUGGAAGGACUAGGAACCAGCAGGCCACCGACUACAUUUCGUAUCAGCACACAUCAUCAGUUCUAAGAGUCCAUGUUGAUCUCGCAAGUAGAAGGAUUUAAAAGAGAAAGGUUCCCACAGAAACCAAGAACCUUACCAUCUCCUUUAGCCCUGGAGGGUGGCGGACAAUGGAUAUCAUAGAGACAGCAAAACUUGAAGGUCACUUGGAAAGUCAAACCAACGACUCCACCAACACUUACACAAGCCCCACCGAAGCUGUAGAGGAAGAGGGCAAAAAUGGCAAGGGCAAACCCAAGACCUUAUCCAACGGGUUACGAAAGGGUGCCAAAAAAUACCCGGACUACAUCCAGAUUUCCAUGCCCAACGACUCCAAGAACAAGUUUCCCCUGGAGUGGUGGAAAACAGGCAUCGCCUUUGUGUAUGCGCUCUUCAACCUCAUCCUGACAACCGUCAUGAUCACCGUCGUGCACGAGAGGGUCCCUCCCAAGGAGCUCAGCCCUCCGCUCCCAGACAAGUUUUUUGAUUACUUCGACCGGGUCAAAUGGGCAUUUUCUGUAUCAGAAAUAAACGGGAUGGUAUUGGUUGGGUUAUGGAUCACCCAGUGGCUCUUUCUGCGUUACAAGUCAAUAGUGGGGCGCAGAUUCUUCUUCAUCAUGGGAACUUUAUACCUGUAUCGCUGUAUAACUAUGUAUGUCACUACGUUACCUGUGCCCGGAAUGCACUUCCAGUGUGCUCCCAAGCUCAAUGGAGACUCUCAGGCAAAAAUACAGCGGAUUCUCCGGCUGAUUUCUGGCGGGGGACUGUCUAUCACGGGAUCUCACAUCCUGUGCGGAGACUUCCUCUUCAGCGGCCACACUGUCGUGCUCACACUUACUUACUUGUUCAUCAAAGAAUAUUCACCUCGUCACUUCUGGUGGUAUCACUUGGUCUGCUGGCUGCUGAGUGCGGCUGGGAUCAUCUGCAUUCUCGUAGCGCAUGAACACUAUACCGUGGACGUCAUCAUUGCUUACUAUAUCACAACACGGCUGUUUUGGUGGUACCAUUCCAUGGCCAACGAAAAGAACUUGAAGGUCUCUUCCCAGACGAACUUCUUGUCUCGGGCUUGGUGGUUCCCCAUCUUCUACUUUUUUGAGAAGAAUGUGCAAGGCUCAAUUCCUUGCUGCUUUUCCUGGCCGCUGUCCUGGCCCCCUGGCUGCUUCAAGUCAUCGUGCAGAAAGUAUUCCCGGGUCCAGAAGAUCGGGGAGGAUAAUGAGAAGUCUACCUGAGCUGCCAACCCGGCAGCCGCUCUCACACCAAAAGAGUCCGUGCUGCAACCGAAGGCACGUGCGGCUUUAUAUUUAUUUUCAGAGAACUGACUGGUAAAAUGAAGUGGACCAAAUUUUAUGCAAAAGAUUGGAGCGAUGAAGUAUUACCUUUGGCUUUUUUUUAUUCAUCCCAAGAAACAUAUAUUUUCCUGCAGCUCUUCGUUCAUUGAUGACAAAGCCCCCACACUGGAGUUCUGAAGAGGUGGCAAAGAACACGCCGAGCCUCUCCUCGCCUUCCUUCACUUCCACGUUCUUUCCAGAUUGCUUUUUUUCUCCCUUCAAGGUCAGAAGAGUUUGCUAACGUUUUGAAUAAAAUGUCUGGAUAUAUACAGCCACUGUGUAAAUACAGUCAGUUGAUGGCAGUGGGUUUUCACCACAGAGCUUAGUAAGGGGCAGCCUGCAGGUGGGGCAAGGUCAUUAGGGUGAUGUCUGGUGUCCCCUCCCCUCCCCCGCCACCCAUUAUGCAUGACUUUUACUCUUUUUGGGGGAGGGGGGUUGGCUUUUGGUUUUUCAAGACAGGGUUUCUCUGUGUAGCCUUGGCUGUCCUGGAACUCACUCUGAAGACCACACCCGGCCUCUUUUUUUUUUUUUUUUUUAAACCUGGUAAUUUUAGUUUUUAAAGAAAGAGUAUUGCAAGGUCAUGUGAAAGAGACACACCCAUGGAUAUUUUUUCCCUGUGUGGGGAUUUUUCCACUUUCAAGUGUCCGUGGCAGAUAACCGGCAGGCUCCGGGCUUUUCCUGCUAUACCCGUUAGAUGCUGCCUGCCGGGAGCCCAAGGCUUGUUAACCGCACCAGCACAGGCUGAAACCAGUGUGAACAGAUGCUCACACUGGAGAGCAAGCUUGUGCUCUCUGCUAGCUUGGGCCCUGCCGUGCCAUGCCGUGAUGCCGUUACUUAUUGGACCCUAGAGAAACAUUUGGGCACAUUCCAUGAAAACAGCUUCUUUUUAUUUUAAUAUCGUGUGUCUCGGGAAUGCAAGAUGGAUCCCAAAGGUUUUACUGUUUCCCUGCCUUUUAGCAAGACCCCCCCCCCCAGCGCUCCUUAGGGCGUGCACCACCGCUGAGCAACUCACUUCACCCUGUGCACAUAACACGCGGUGCUGCCCUUGAACAUGUCCCUGGCAUCAGCUCUUAACCUCAGCCAUGUAGGAAUGAGGGACAACUGUUAUCUCAUGUGAAAAGAUGGGUCUCUAAGAUCUGGUGGGUUUAAGAACAUCGGACUCAGUUAGAAGGUUACUCAGUGCUGGGAUAUCAUAGUCCUUGCCUUUGGUUGAGAUCUACUGAAAGAUUAGUUUGUGGAACUUGUAGAAAAACUUCUAAGGAUUCACAGCAUGGGAGCAGCCAGUGGAAGGGGUGGUUACAUUCUCAUGGGUAUGGCAUAGAGAACAUCCCUGGGUUCGUCCCUGUAAGCUAGUCGGCCUUGAUUGUUUAAAAUUAAACUUUAAAUUGCUUGGGAGAAAAAAAAAAGCACAAUACAGAUGUGUUCAGAAGGGCCAUUGUCUUCUGGUGCUAUAAUUCUGUGUGUGUGUUUCAGAGGGUCUCGUUUUCUGUGUUACUGGGUGGGUAAAGGAUAGGAUGCUAAACCCAAAGACACGAGCAUAAAAAUCUAAGUCUGACUAUCCUCACAAGAGCAGAGACCCUAAGUGUCUUUGGCAGACUUUGAAAUGCAGGGACUUUUUUUUUUCAAGUAUUUUUAUCGAGUAAGCCAAUAAUAAAUUCAUACCCAGUUUACCUUGUACUAGACAAUUCGGUACAACUCCUCACGUGUUCAUUUCCUCAGCUCUGUGGAAAGCUCUGCUCCGAACACUAGUUUACCUUCAGGGUCUGAUUAUGAGAGAAUCAUUUGGCGCUGAAGCCUGGCCUUUGCUCUGCGAGUCUCUCACUGAAACAAAACACUGAAACAAAACACCUGAAAAGCCUUAUCCAGCCUGGCUAGGAUUCUCCAUGAUUCUUCAACCGAGGAAAAUGCUUAGACAUUGUUACAUUUCAUGUUGAUUGUUGGGAACCCUUCAAACAGAAAACUUUGCAUUUAGUCAGGUAAACCAGGCUGUUGGAAACAAUACCAUCACUUUCUUAAGGUUUGAAAAUACCCAUGAGCCCUGUGUGGACCCUGCUGUUCCCUGUUCUUGUAGUAGCUGUGAUUCCUAAUAGGUACCGAUGGGGAUGCAAGAUGACAACUCAUUGCAGUGCAGGAAAGUAAGACUUCCUUUAAGAUGGUCUCAUCUCACUGUGUAGCCCAGAUUGGCCUCCAACCUUCAGCCCUCCUGUAUCAGCCCCCUGGGUGCUGGGAUUGCAGGUGUGUUUCCAUGCCUACCCAGGCACAGCAGGACAUGGUACCAGCACCUUUUCUUUGCCCAUUAAGAUGCAGAUUUUACCCAUUAAGUGUGGGUAAGGCGCAAGCGGGCGCCUGUGCUCCUGUUGGAAGGUUUUCCCCAUAAUAUAGAGCUUCUGGAAAACGUCCACAAAUAUAGAACACACAUGUUUUUCCUGAACCUUCCCAAUGGGACUGGAGUUCUCUGAGACUCCGGGUUUGAGCUCCUCCACUAGAUCGGGAAAAGGAGGUAUCCUUCCCCCAGUGACCCCUGAGCUAAUUUUGACUGUCUUUUGGGUUGCUGUCAUCACAGGAAGCAGCUUUUUGCUGGGGACACAAGGUUGGCUGAGAGUCAGCUCUUGCAAUCCCUGGGCAGGUUUGUGGCCAUCCAUCCCUUGCUGUGUUGCCAGCGCCCCCUUGUGGUGAUAUGUCAUGUCUGAAAUCCAAAUGCCACUUUAAAAAUAUAUUUUCAAGGUUUCUCUAAAGUUUAUCUGUUGGGCCUUUUGUUGUUGCUGUUUUCAGGGUUUUUUGCCAAAAGUUGAAAUUCCCAUGGGAAAGGAGCUAUUUUAAAGACAUUCUUAUCCUUCCCAAAGGGAAAGUUCUCAGAAUUUGAGUCAAAGAAAGUUGAAGGUCACAUUUACCUCUUAUGUCACAAUCAUUCGUGUCUGGCCCAUAGCUACAGACUUUGUUUACUUCAAAACCCAAAGUCAGCUGUCUCAUUUUUAUUUAUGUGCCAGAACUCAUCAUUUCACUUGUAAUUGAAAGGUCUUACCUUGUUCCAUAAAAUAUUUUAAACUCUUUGUUAAAUGUUUUGAUUUUAUACUAUAAAACUGAUUUAAAAAUUAAGCCAGUCUUAACACACUCACCCUGUCUGUAGUGUAAGGAAGUGUGAGAAGGAAGUUCUUUUUUAUUGUUUGUUUGUUUGUUUGUUUGUUUGUUUGAGACAGGGUUUCUUUGUGUAGCCCUGGCUGUCCUGGAACUCACGCAGUAGACCAGGCUGGCCUUGAACUCAGAAAUCCGCCUGCCUCUGCCUCUGCCUCUGCCUCCUGAAUGCUAGGAUUAAAGGCAUAUGCCACCACCGCCUGACGAGAAGGAAUUUCUUAAUAAAUGAGUUUACAUGUCUAAAUCAAGUGUAAGUUAUAUGCGUUGUGUUGGAACCUUUUCUACGUUUAUGUAUAAAGAUUUCUUAUAUUAUUAUUUUUAAUGCCAUUGCGUUGCAAUAAUUUAGCUCCUGACUCAUUUGACAAAAAUACAUCUUUUAUGAAGAAGUACUCUUGACUUUGAUAUCUGUACACUGAAAAUCAUGUCAGAAGUACCCAAAGAUAAGUUUUUAUACAGAUAGACGCUUCGUAAGCGCUGGCUUGUUACCCACUAACUAACUGUACUGUGUUCUCAAUGAAUCAUGAAAGACAAGAGUGGGUCACUGUAGAAUUAUUUUAAACUGUCCUUUAAAAGAGAAGAAACUAUAAGCUAAUCUAGUUGCCAAGUAGGAAUUCCUUAUUUAAUUUACCUCCUAUGCAAUGAUUAAUGCUGCGAAAUGUAUGGUUAAUAAGUUACAGUAUAUUCACAGAAGAAAUAUCUUUCCAAGGUGUAAGAAGCAGCCAGUUGCAUUCUUUUGGAAAUUUACUAUACUGUUUCAAUGUGUUAAGUGCCUUGUUGUAAAGUAAAAUUUUAAGUCUCGAGUUCAUUAUUUUCCUGACCUAUAUUUUUCAUUAUGAUUAUCUACUGUGUGCUGUUGUAAUCAUUUUAUUAAAUGCUUACAUUUUAAUCAAA